UUUUCAAUUAUUAAUAAAAUGUCCUCUACAUUUGAUUUGACUUUGCCUUCUCUUGAAAUUCAGGAAGUUUAUGUAGACGAUGAGGAAGAAUACAUACCUCUUUUAACAACUCAUCGGCAUUAUUUUGAUCAUCCAGAAUCAGAUAAUAAGGAAGAAGAAGAAAAGAUGAAACUAAGCACAGGAGGUGCCCGCACAAAAAAACAUAAGUCAUUAGAAAACAAAUGA